UGCGGUUGUGGUCACUCGCCCACCUCCUCGCCUCGUUCGCUCGGACGUGUUGCGGCUCCGACAAGCAACUCAGUGCUCUGUCACACAGCUAUCCGUAUGCGCGUUAUACCGUACGUCGCGCAGUUUCUCUCGAAAAUUAAUUAGUAUGUGAAUGCGACGUUUUUAUUUGUUCAACACGAAAACGAGUGAAAUGUUGUUCGCUCACUGAUCAGCACGUAUUUGCUUCGCCUUUGGACAGACUUCAUGUGAGGGACUGACCACUUCUUUUUCAGUUACGAUACUUCUCUUCUUCCACGUUCCUCAGUUAUGAUUAUAAGGAUACGAUGGCUCUUACAAUGGAUCGCGACUCUUUCCUGUUUGAUGAUGACUUCAGGUAGCCCAAUAUUUUUGCAACAGCAAGGAAGAAAUUAUCGACCAGUUAUAAAAUGGAUGCCACCUAACGAUGACUGGAAUUGGACACUGACACCACGCAACGAGGAACCAUUCUUCCUUCCUUCUAAUUAUAAUCACACUUUACCGCCAUCUGCUAAUGAGACUGAACUUUUAGCCCACAUGACAGCGUUAAAAAGAAAUUAUUCUCGUCUCCUCUGGGACAGCGAUAAGAGCAGCAACCUUCCCGUUUUUGUGGAAAAGGCUCUUAAACUUCUCAAUCUAAAACAAGUUUAUUACGAAGUAGAGCACUCCGUUAUGUCUAAGGUGUCAUGCACAGCGUGCAAAGCAGGCGCGGGAUUACUACAGCAUUACAUAAGACUCGGUAAAAGCAAAGAUGAGAUUAACAAGAUGAUCUAUCAAUUCUGUGUUUCACUAAAGAUUCAAUCAGCUCGCGUGUGCGAAGGCAUCACGAGAUUGUUCGGGAGUGAAGUAGUUUACGUAUUAAAGCGUAUUACGAUAGGACCAGACGAGAUUUGCAGCUUUGUUAUUGGAGAUGCGUGUGGCGACGUUUACAAUCCGUACCACGAGUGGGAAGUAGCAUUUCCACCUGUGCCGAAACCUGCGAUACGAUCACUAGAAGCUCCUGUCGAAAAAGCUCCAACUUUCAAAGUUCUGCAGAUUUCUGACACUCAUUUUGAUCCUUACUACGCUGAAGGUGCUAAUGCCGAGUGCAACGAGCCCCUAUGCUGUCGUGCAUCAAGCGGUCCAGCACUGACUCCAGGCGGAGGUGCCGGUCGCUGGGGAGACUACCGCAAGUGUGACACACCAAAACGAACCAUCGACCACAUGUUGAAACACAUAGCUGACACUCACACUGAUAUCGACUACAUUUUAUGGACUGGAGAUCUACCGCCUCACGAUGUAUGGAACCAAACCAAAGAAGAAAAUUUGAAAGUUCUCCAAGAAACUGUUGCACAAAUGUCGGAUAUGUUCCCCGGUGUGCCCAUAUUCCCGGCCCUUGGAAACCAUGAGUCAUCUCCUGUGAACAGUUUCCCGCCACCGUACAUAGCUUCUUCGGAACUGAACAUCGCGUGGUUGUAUGAUGAGCUGGACGCACAAUGGCGUCGCUGGUUGCCUGCCGGAGUCUCCCACACUGUGCGCCGUGGUGCCUUCUACUCGGUGCUUGUACGACCAGGCUUCCGUAUCAUAUCGCUUAAUAUGAACUACUGCAAUAAUAAAAACUGGUGGCUGUUAAUGAACAGCACAGAUCCAGCGACCGAACUUCAGUGGUUGAUCUAUGAACUGCAAUCUGCAGAGUUCAGUGGUGAAAAGGUCCACAUUAUUGGGCACAUACCACCAGGCCACUCCGACUGUUUGAAAGUAUGGAGCCGUAAUUAUUAUGCCAUUGUAAACCGAUAUGAAUCAACGAUAACGGCCCAAUUUUUCGGACAUACACAUUUCGAUGAAUUUGAAGUUUUUUAUGAUCCGAAUGACCUUGGUAGAGCCACAAGUAUUGCGUACGUUGGGCCCUCUGUUACACCGUACUACGAUUUGAAUUUAGGUUAUCGAAUAUAUUAUGUAGAUGGUGACCAUGAAGCUACGACUCGGCAAGUGGUCGAUCAUGAGACUUGGAUUAUGAACUUGAAAGAGGCUAAUCUAUUUGGCUACCCGAUCUGGUACAAGCUGUACUCAGCUCGAUCUGCAUACAUGAUGCCAGCGCUGAGGCCGCAGGACUGGGACAAGUUCAUUGACGAAAUGACUACCAAAGAAGAUGUUUUUAACUUAUAUUACAAGCAUUAUUGGAAGAACAGUCCUCGUCGCGGUACAUGCGACGGUGAAUGUCGCAAGCGCCUGGUGUGCGACGCGCGGUCGGGUCGGUCGCACGACCGCCGCGCACUGUGCGGUCUGAUAGAAGCCCGCAUCGACGGUGCUGCCCCCACGCCGCAGACCUGGCGCGCCUGGCUCUACAAUGGCCUGUCUGUCUCAAUGUCUAUGAUAAUGCAAAUACCUCAAGUGGCGUAUCAAAUACCAAAGUUCGUGAUGGGGCUCGGCUGAAAACGUCUUUAAGAAGGAAUGUGCAAAGUUAGCGUACCACCGGGCUUAGUCAAGACGAUAUUUUAUAUUUUUCUUAACGAUCGUCCAUCGCCUACAAUUUACCAUAGACCGUUAUUUAUUGUUUAAAUUAUUAUCAAAUAAAAGACGUGCCUUAAUCUGUUUUAAUAUACCUACCCAUAGUGUUAAAUCAUUUUAAUGGUUUAAAAUCAGAAAUAUUUGUAAGCGACCAACUUCGGUGGAUUACUGCCGCAAAACUUUAUGACUAUUAAG